UGUUAAAAGCGCAACCGAAAGUGAGUUUCUUCGAGAUCUUUCUGGGAACUAUUCUCCCUGGAAAAUUAAGAAGAUAGGAAGGGAGCUCAAAGAAUGUAGCUAUUCAAAAGGCGUGAUGAGCGAACAGCUCAUCUGAUGAACAGAAUGCUGACCUUGAAAGAGCUCAUUGCAUAGGAGUACAAGACAAAUCCGUGCUUUUGCUAUUUAAUCAAACUUUCUAUAAAUAGGAAACUCCAAUCAGGAAGGUUCAGCAGAACGUGAAAUUUCUGUGAUGUUGGUCAUGUUUGCUACUAUUCAAAGUAAAUGGACCAAAUCUGUAACCUUUUCUGUGUAUGCUACCAGAAAGAGGAAUUUCACAUUCAACUUACGAAUGACAAUGAAGACAUUGACAUUGUAAAUCAGGAAGAUCUUCAAGACAAUUUACAGAGAAUCGAGAAUUCAGAACAUAAGAAAAAUGUACAUACUAACCAGGAGGAUGAAUUCAUCAACUUUGAGAGUGAUCUGCAUGAAAACAAACAUGACUCAGCAGAUGAGAAACUACGCUUAAAAGGGCUUUUAGAAAAGAAAUAUGAUAAAGCAUGCAUUUUUUGCAAGAAAUAUAGAACCAGAAUUAAGUAUGUGAUGUGCAGAAUUUUAAUAACAGCUUAUUUGACAGCAGUUAUUGCAGCCUGCAGCUUGAAUUUUCAGAGAGCCUUGCCGCUCUUCAUCAUUACUGUCCUAGCCAUCUUCUUCAUCUGCUGGGAUUUUUUAGUAGCGAAAUAUGAAGACAGAAUUGCUGCAUUUUUUUCCCCUGGAGAAAGAUAUUUGGAGAAACAGUGGUUUUGGCUGAAAUGGGUAGUGUGUGCAGCUCUUAUUGUAGCUAUCAUUUUCUGGCUCAUCUUUGACACAGCAAAACAAGGAUCCCGCCAGCUGAUCUCGUUUGGUGGGCUUGUGAUGUAUAUUCUCUUGAUGUUUGUAUUCUCUAAAUAUCCAACAAGAGUUGCUUGGAGACCAGUGUUUUCAGGAAUAGUAAUGCAGUUUAUUCUUGGGCUUCUUCUCCUGAGGACAAAACUGGGGUUUGAUACAUUUAACUGGCUAGGCAUUCAGAUCCAGACUUUUCUGGAGUACUCUGACACAGGUGCUAAGUUUGUGUUCGGUGAAAAAUAUACAGAUCAUUUCUUCGCUUUUAAGGUCCUGCCAAUUGUGGUUUUCUUCAGCACAGUAAUGUCUAUGCUUUAUCACAUUGGAUUUAUGCAGUGGCUCGUUGGAAAGGUUGGUUGGAUAAUGCAGAUUUUUAUGGGGACGACUCCUGUUGAGUCUCUUGUAGCUGCUGGUAACAUAUUUGUGGGACAGACAGAGUCUCCUCUCUUAGUACGGCCAUACUUGCCAUACAUCACCAAAUCUGAACUCCAUGCAGUCAUGACAGCAGGAUUCUCAACUAUUGCUGGAAGUGUCUUAGGAGCAUAUAUUUCUUUUGGGGUUUCUGCCUCCCACCUACUGACUGCUUCUGUCAUGUCUGCACCAGCAUCAUUAGCCACCUCCAAGCUGUUCUGGCCUGAAACUGAAAAGCCUAAAGUAACUUUGAAAAGUGGCCUAAAAAUGGCAAAAGGUGAAUCAAAUAACCUGUUGGAGGCAGCCAGUCAAGGUGCAUCCAGCUCUAUUCUGUUGGUGGCAAACAUUGCUGUGAAUCUCAUCUCCUUCCUUGCCCUGCUGGCUUUUGUUGACUCAGCCCUCUCUUGGGUGGGCAGUCUGUUUGACUAUCCACAGCUGAAUUUUGAGAACAUUUGUGCAUAUGUGUUUAUGCCAUUCUCCUUUAUGAUGGGAGUAGACUGGGAAGACAGCUUUAUUGUUGGUGGACUACUAGGUUAUAAGACUUUUUUCAAUGAAUUUGUGGCUUAUGAACGUCUCUCAAAACUGAUCCACAAUCGAGAAAAGGGUGGGAGCAUGUACAUAAAUGAUGUGAAACAAUAUAUGACUGUCCGUUCUGAAACCAUUGCAACCUAUGCUCUUUGUGGAUUUGCCAACUUUGGCUCUCUGGGAAUGGUAAUAGGAAGUCUAACAAGCAUGGCUCCCUCCAAAAAAAAGGAAAUUGCUAGUGGUGCUUUCAGGGCAAUGAUUGCUGGAACUAUUGCCUGUUUCAUGACGGCAUGCAUUGCAGGAAUGCUGGCCAUCCCUGAUGUGGAAGUUCCAUGCCACAUUUUGUUACAAACUGCCUUCAAUUCUACAAGUUCCCCUGCCAAUAUCACAGAGCUGGUCGAAUGCUGCCAGCAGACCUUCACCAGUGCAAACAGUUCUCAGGAGAGCUUCUCUGGAGGAAACUACACCCUGAGUUUCUGGAAAAAAUGUUGCCAAAUACUGAAUCAAACAACUUUUAAUUGCACAUGAAUUAAGCCUUAAUCUGGAGUGGAAUAUUCGUAACUAACAGCCAUUUUUAUUGGCAGAAAGGCAGUAAAAAGCUCCUUUUCCACAA